AUGGCCACCGCCUACACCGCCCCCAAGGUUGCCGUGCCCAAGGCGCCGGCCGCCAAGGCGCCGGUGAACCUGAAGGGAGGGCUGAAGCCGCUGGCCGCGCCCGGUGCCGCGUUCCGCGCCAGGACCGUCUCCAAUGGCGCCAAGGUGCACCAGAUGAUGGUGUGGCAGCCGUACAACAACAAGUGCUUCGAGACCCUGUCCUACCUGCCACCCCUCACCCAAGACCAGAUCUCCAAGCAGGUGGACUACAUCCUCCGCAACGGAUGGAUCCCCUGCCUUGAGUUCGCCCCCCAGGACGCCGCCUACGUCGGCUCCGCCAACUGCAUCCGCUUUGGCCCUGUCGCCUCGGGCUACCAGGACAACAGGUACUGGACCAUGUGGAAGCUCCCCAUGUUCGGCUGCAACUCCGGCGAGGAGGUGCUCAGGGAAAUCGGCAACUGCACCAAGGUCUUCCCCGACGACUACAUCCGCCUGGUGGCCUUCGACAACGUGAGGCAGGUGCAGUGCCUGUCCUUCCUCGUCCACAGGCCUGCCUCCGCCACCGAGUACACCACCCCCGAGAACCGCUGCGUGUCAGAGUAG